AGCGUAGACAGUUUAUCUCCAAAAACAUCCACACAGUGAGAAACAGCAGAAGAAAGGCUUGAGAGCCUUCUUCUCAAUGGCUUUAACAUUGUCAACCACAAAGACUUUCACUAAUAUAAACUGCUCAAACAUAACCACCUUUAAGCCUCUCAAGCUUCCUCUUUUCUGGCCAUGGGAAAAGGUAAAAAUGGGUCCUUUAAGUGUUUCUCCUAUGGGUUUUGGGACAUGGGCUUGGGGCAAUCAGCUUCUUUGGGGUUAUCAGACUUCCAUGGAUGAUCAGCUUCAAGAAGCUUUUGAAUUGGCUUUGGAAAAUGGAAUCAAUUUGUUUGAUACUGCUGAUUCUUAUGGCACUGGUAGGCUUAAUGGUCAAAGUGAGAGACUUUUAGGAAAAUUCAUCAGAGAAUCUCAAGUGCUAAAAGGGAAACAAAAUGAAGUAGUGGUAGCUACAAAGUUUGCAGCUUAUCCAUGGAGAUUAACUUCAGGACAGUUUGUGAAUGCCUGCAGAGCUUCUUUAGACCGGCUUCAGAUAGAUCAGCUCGGGAUCGGACAGCUUCACUGGUCGACUGCAAACUACGCGCCUCUACAAGAGCUUGUUCUUUGGGAUGGUCUAGUGCAAAUGUAUGAAAAGGGCCUAGUUCGAGCGGUUGGAGUCAGUAACUAUGGACCUCAACAGCUUGUGAAAAUUCAUGAUUACCUUAAAACCCGAGGGGUUCCUUUAUGCUCUGCGCAAGUGCAAUUCUCAUUGCUCAGCAUGGGGAAAGAGCAACUAGAGAUCAAGAGUAUAUGCGACAAGCUCGGGAUUCGUUUAAUCUCUUAUAGUCCUCUUGGUCUAGGAAUGCUAACUGGGAAAUACUCCCCUUCAAAACUUCCCACUGGUCCUCGAUCAUUUCUGUUUCGACAAAUUCUUCCUGGAUUAGAACCUCUGCUUUUAGCACUGAGCGAGAUUGCAAAGAAACGAGGAAAGACUAUGCCUCAGGUCGCAAUAAACUGGUGUAUAUGCAAAGGGACAGUACCGAUACCCGGUAUCAAGUCGGUACGACAUGUUGAGGAUAAUUUGGGUGCUCUGGGAUGGAAACUUACAAAUGAUGAACAGCUGCAGUUAGAAUAUGCAGCUAAAGAAUCACCAAAGUCGAUGAUUCAGAACAUUUUUCAAACAAGAUGAUAUGAUAAGAGAAGAUGCUUAUACAUCUAGACCACAAAAUGAAAACAAUGUGUAUAAGUACAAGUGUUUAAUCUACUUCUAUAUAUAUAUGCACAUAUUGUGAAGAAAAUUGCAACCAUUUGAAAGCUUAGAUUUGGACAUGAUAUCCACAAUU